AUGUCGUGGUUCGGUUGGGACCGAAAAUCUGGGGACGAAAAGGCAGAACGAGAAGAGACUGAGAAAACUAUAGCGGCUAUAUUUUCCCCUUCGCACGCCACGGUGAGGGACGCUCCCGACAGCAAAGACUCCAUCCUCCGCGAAUCAACUGUGCGUCUCUUCAAGAAGGGUGAGGAGCCGGUACCUUACACUGCCGUAGGCGGGACUUUUCAAACCAAACACACCGUUGAAACAAUGCGAGAGGACCGCAUGUCCGGUGGGGAGAAACCGGUACCGCUGGACCUUCUACCACCAUGUCCGAUAGCCGGUUACGAACUUCGCUCAGAUGGGCUUGUGGAUAACAUUGAAAAACCGCCGCGUACGCUGACCGCUCAAGAGUUACGAUCGCUUGUGGCUGGGCUUUCUUCCAUCGAGCAGCGCGCAAGGUACGAAGUGGACACGCAACUCCCACAACAGGUGCACAAUAGGGGUCGACGUGGUUUGGAGGUGGUGGUUAACCCAUGCUUGCACAUGUGUGGCUUGUACUUAAUGUUGUGGAAGGCUCCACGCCUGUACUUUAACGCAUCACCGCGGGGGAGUGCCUUCUUCACACGAGUUAUGACAUUGCUGCGUUGGAAUAUGCCCGAGAUCGAGAAGGAAAAACUUGCGCGGAAGCACCGACGUCUGCUACAGGCAACGAAUGCCCGAGUAACUUUGGCCUUUCUUACCGGAGUUUUUCUUACGGCCGUUGCCGUCAUCACACGUCCGCCUGUUGAUGUUCUUGACGUGGGGCCCGACGUGGAAGUUGGCAAGCGGUCCGUUGGUUUUCAGCAGCAUUCUGAGGCAGCGCUGCGCUGGUUGUGGCUUGUGUACUACCACCAUCCAGCGUACAAACCGCUUGCGCAGGGGACGCGACCGCCGAUCCUGUUAGAAAGCAGCAGCCGCUGA